AGCCAGAACAAAGGGCCGUGUGCAUGUGUGGGGCGUGGCCCGUGGCCAGCGCGGGGGUGGGGUAACAGCCAGGGCGAACAAAGAGCAAUUAAUGCGAUAGGCUGGGAAAGGGAAGGGGGGCUUUCUCUUCUAACUUUCCCCACUUCCCCGAUUUUCCUAUAGAGGCUGUUGUGAAACGAAGACGCAGAACCGGACCAGCGGACGCAGUUCAAUGAGGUGCUUAUGAGCUAACUAGCAGCAGGACGGCAGCCAAGGAACACGGGGACGAGGUCCGGAUCAAGAGCAAGGUGCCAGGAUUCACAGGCAAGAGGCUAGCGCAGACUGGAGGGCAGCAGGUGACCUAGUUUACCCAGCACAAGAAGAUUAGAGGACUGGCGGCGUUUCUGUGGCAACUCCAACUGGGGCUGUUCUGUUGUGUUAAUUGAACUUAGAGCAUCAACGUGCACUGCCAUUAGCUGUUAACCUUAACAUAUUAAUACCUACCUAACGUAAUUAGUGUACUUGACCUCGUGAGGAGCAGAAUGUCAAACUCCCACUACAACAACUACCAGCAGCAGCCGCACUCCAGCAACGGGGAUGCGGAGUACCAGCACCAGCAGAUGGUGCACCAGCCGCAGCGGUUCUCCAAUGGCCACGGGAUGAAGAGCGUGGCGGUGCCGGACAUGUGCCUCUUCUGCUUCGAGGUGCUUGACUGUGAGCUGAACAACGUGGACGGGCCGUCGGUGCCGAUGUUCAGCAAUGAUGCCUACCCGCUUUUUGUCACCUGGAAGAUUGGGCGGGACAAGCGGCUGCGCGGGUGCAUUGGUACCUUUAGUGCCAUGGAACUACACCACGGACUGCGCGAGUACGCCCUGACCAGCGCUUUCAAGGACUCGCGCUUCGCCCCCAUCUCCAGGGAUGAGAUGCCGCGGCUGACUGUCUCGGUCUCGAUCCUGCAGAACUUCGAGGAGGCGCAGGGCCACCUGGACUGGCAGCUGGGCGUCCAUGGCAUCCGCAUCGAGUUCCUCACGGAGCGGGGCUGCAAGCGCACGGCCACCUAUUUGCCGCAGGUGGCCACCGAACAAGGCUGGGACCAGCUGCAGACCAUUGACUCGCUCCUGCGCAAGGGCGGCUAUCGGGCCGCCAUCACCCAGGAGCUAAGGAAGUCCAUCAAGCUCACGCGCUAUCGCUCGCAAGAGAUCCAGAUGCACUACAAGGAGUACCGCGAGCACCAGGAGCGGCGCGCCCAGUUCGGCAAGGUGCAGUGCUAACAAUUGGACAGGCCGGCGGCGAGACGAUGAUCCUGGCUGAGGGCAGGCUUGCUGGCUGUCGUCCUCCUGCUGCUGCUAGCCUUUGAGUUUGGGCCAGCUUGGCGGCCGCUCGCUUGAUCCGAGUUUUGAGUUAUUACACCUCCAACAACCAUUUAAAGCCCUCACAAAUUCUCCAAAACGGGCGUGAGAUGAACGCCUUUUAUUAAAUAUACCAAUAAAUGCUUGAUAUACUUAAGCGGCAAAUCCGUAAACAAUUUCAAACGAAAAAUAA